UAACUGAAAAAAAGGAAAAGAAAAAAUGGCUAUCCCAUUGCAACUACUCUUCUUACCAAUAACAUUCCUGUUGAUGACAUCUCUGAUAAGGUUUUCGCAAGCUGCUGGAAUUGCCACCUACUGGGGCCAAAACACUACAGAAGGAAGCCUGGUAGACACAUGUCGUAAAGGUACCUACGACUACGUGAAUAUUGCCUUUCUGAUAAAUUAUGGCGGUGGCCAAACACCGCAAUUGAACAUAGCUGGGCAUUCCUUAAACAGUUCCGAAAUAGAAACUUGCCAAGGCCUAGGCAUCAAAGUGUUUCUUUCUCUCGGUGGAGCCGCUAACCUUUCUUCUUCCGAUGAUGCUCAGCAAGUCGCCUCCUAUAUCUGGAACGAAUUCUUAGGUGGUAAUGAAUCAGACUCUCGUCCAUUAGGCAAUGCCGUUUUAGAUGGUGUAGAUUUUCAUAUCCAAGCUGGAAAGGCGGAUUACUUGGCUGACCUUGUUCAGGCGCUAUCAAAAUAUAACACACCAGAGAGGAAGCUGGUGUAUUUAUCAGCAGCACCAGAAUGUUUCAUUCCUGACUAUUUUCUGGACGCUGCUAUCAAAACUGGCCAUUUUGAUUACGUGUGGGUGGAAUUUUUUAACAAUCCUCCUUGUGAGUAUACACCAGGCAAUACCAGUCCCCUCUUCGACAGUUGGGACCGCUGGGCUUCCUAUCCAGGCAUUAAUACAUUAUUCCUGGGAGUACCUGCAGACCCUGCAGUCUCACCUAGUGGUGGUUACAUCCCACCGCAAGUGCUAAUUGAUGAGGUUCUUCCCUUUGUGCAGAACUACUCCAAUUAUGGAGGGGUCAUGGUUUGGGACCAUGCCCAUGACUUAAAUUACAGUGAGACAAUCAGGCCUUAUGUUAACAAGUCCCAGAUACAGCCCGUAAAUGCUGGCAUUGCCACCUACUGGGGCCAAAACACUACAGAAGGAAGCCUGGUAGACACAUGUCGUAAAGGUACCUACGACUACGUGAAUAUUGCCUUUCUGAUAAAUUAUGGCGGUGGCCAAACACCGCAAUUGAACAUAGCUGGGCAUUCCUUAAACAGUUCCGAAAUAGAAACUUGCCAAGGCCUAGGCAUCAAAGUGUUUCUUUCUCUCGGUGGAGCCGCUAACCUUUCUUCUUCCGAUGAUGCUCAGCAAGUCGCCUCCUAUAUCUGGAACGAAUUCUUAGGUGGUAAUGAAUCAGACUCUCGUCCAUUAGGCAAUGCCGUUUUAGAUGGUGUAGAUUUUCAUAUCCAAGCUGGAAAGGCGGAUUACUUGGCUGACCUUGUUCAGGCGCUAUCAAAAUAUAACACACCAGAGAGGAAGCUGGUGUAUUUAUCAGCAGCACCAGAAUGUUUCAUUCCUGACUAUUUUCUGGACGCUGCUAUCAAAACUGGCCAUUUUGAUUACGUGUGGGUGGAAUUUUUUAACAAUCCUCCUUGUGAGUAUACACCAGGCAAUACCAGUCCCCUCUUCGACAGUUGGGACAGCUGGGCUUCCUAUCCAGGCAUUAAUACAUUAUUCCUGGGAGUACCUGCAGACCCUGCAGUCUCACCUAGUGGUGGUUACAUCCCACCGCAAGUGCUAAUUGAUGAGGUUCUUCCCUUUGUGCAGAACUAUUCCAGUUAUGGAGGAGUCAUGGUUUGGGACCAUGCCCACGACUUAAAUUACAGUGAGACAAUCAGGCCUUAUGUUAGCAAGUCCCAGAUACAGUACUAUGCUGCUAUCUGACUAGUUCCUCUCAGUAUCUACUGAGAGAUGAAAUGUAGUCCUGGUUCUUCAUGCCAGAGACAAAAUUGAUAAAUAAAUAACGGGUUAUUAAUCCCCAAAUAAAUUAAAAAUGUUGGAUAAA